AUGUUCUACUCAGGCUGGGAGCUGCUCGCGCCAGCGUUCAUGAACGUUGGCGCUCUUUCCACAGAGCUGCGCCACAGCAACGCCACCGGGGACGCCGCCGCAGCAUACCUUACUCAGGACCUCUUGCCAGGCAGCAACGAUGCCAAUGGAUCCGCGUCAGCAACGCCGCCGCGGCAGCACCAGCAGUCGAGCACCGAAGCAGCGGCACACUUGUCUGCGUCUCCCGGCGACGGCGACGAUGUAGCACGACACACACCGUCAAGCCCCUCGGCAGCCAAUAAAGAACGUCUCUGCGCGCUGCCACACCGGGUACACAGGCGUCGCUCCCACAGCGACGCGGCAAAGGAGCUGGGAUGCGUGCUGCACCUCGCCGCGAGGCCCGCCCUCUCCUUCAAAGAGAUGGAGCAGCAGUUGCAUCGCCGCACGACCGGGUCUUCCGAUUGCUUCCAUGUAAAGAGCAACGCGCCCGCCAUAUCACAGGCGGCGGUGGUGUUUAUGGAGUGCGUCGUCACCUGGCCAUCGGUGCAGCAGGCGGCCGACGCCGCUGGUGCCGGUGCUGCAGAGCGAAAUACGAAUCGUGAUAACUCUGCCGUGUCGCCGACGACUAGCGCCACCAGCAAGCCGACGCUACCGGCGCUGGUGCUGGGGGUCUGCCAGCGAUCCCUGGAGUGGUACAGCUUGCCCGGGGAAGCGGAAAACAGCGUUGGCUUCUAUGUGGCACAGCGCCUGAUCGUCAAGAAUGGCUACGAGGAUGGGGACGCCGUGAAGCUGCCGGACGACGGGCGCAGCGGGGUUGGUGGCAGUCGCGUGAACUUCGGUGAUCACAUCGGCUGCCUUAUCGACCUUGUCCGCCACCAGCUCGCCUUCACGGUGAACAAAGACAUCGUCUCCACCCUCCCACUCGAGCCUUCACUGGCGGACGGCAGCUAUUACUUCGCCAUUGGUCUCGCUCGACGCCCACAGCAAGCCACUGACGUAGUGGUGCGGUUCUACAGCGGCGCGCAGUGCCUAAGUCAAGACGUGCCUCUCCGAAGGGGUGAGUUGCCCCUGCCGCAUCAGCAGCAGAGACAGCUGCCUGUGUUCCCGCUGGCCAAGUACGUGCGUGAGUUGGCACUCCAGUCGGUGGGACGCUGCACCACUUUCAUGUCAGGGCAGGAGGGCGAGUCGCACAUUCGACAGAGUGCAGCCGCACCGUCGAGGGAGCAGCAUCCAGACGGUGACUCGACGGUGGCAGCAGCCCACCGAUACACGAAGGGAAAGCGGCCUGAUGUGCACACUGCCAAUGCAUCCUGCGGCAGGCAAACACCCCUGGCCCCAGAGACGCUCCGCGACACGCGCGUCACGGCCGUCCUGCGCGACUACCUCUCCGUUCGUGGCAUGAAGGGCGCGCUGCAGACGCUGGAUGCCGAGCUGCAUGAGCUUGCUCCUGCACAGAGUCAGCUGUACGCCACUUCAGCGGGUGCCGCAGGUGGAGGUCCUGCUGGCCCGUCGUCCUCGCCACCCUCUGCGCCUGUCUCUGCACGUGCGCACCCUUCACAUGUUCUGUGGCGCCCUCCAACGCCAGGCGAGGCGCAGGAGGCGUGGCAGGGCUACGCGGCGGACAUGAGUCGCCUUCGCAUGACACUACUGCAAGGAGUACCCUGUAAUGCCGACGGCGCACCGACUCCGCCCCUUCCCGCGCUCCUCGGCCAGCUGAUGCUGUGGCGGCCGUCACUCACCUACGCCUUUGCCUCCGUAUUCGACAGUCACGUGGCGGCCGCGUCAGCGGCCGGCGGUGUUGGGGCGAGGGGCAAACACCCCAGAAGCAGUGCUGGCUCGCCGAUGCCGCUCUCGCCGUACGACUGGGUGAGGCGGGUCAUUCACCCCUCACUGUUCACAUUGAACAUGCUGGGGCUUCGCCAAGACAUUCGCUACCUCGUGCAGUCGUAUCAGGCGGUGGAGGUGCUGUGGGGCAUCCUGCAGACGUAUCUGCGCGCGGCGCGUGCGGCGUGUCAAGAGAUACACGCCGACCCCCACAGUCAUCACCCGCAGCUGCCGCAGCGGCUUUCCUUUGCAAACAGCAAGGAGGAGGCGUUGCAGGCGGAGCGUGGCACGAACGGCAGCAACAGCAAGCCCGCCACAACGAAGAGCACUGUUUCUCGUCAGGGGAUGACAGGCAAGAGCUCGUCCCGCCAUUCUCACACUUUCUCUAACGCGUCUUUUGCGCCCACGCCCGAGGCGGAGCGGCAGGCGCAAGCCGCCUUUACGUCUUACUUCACCCAACUCGUAUGGAACCCGGCACGCGUACUUCCCUCUCCCAUGACGCACGUUCGCCGUGCCCCACCGCUCUCUGGUGGUGCAGGUGCAGAUGCACACGCAAGCUCACGUGAAGCGCUCGCGCCGGCGUCCCUCGAUGCGCUGGCGGCGCUGGCCGGCCGUGCAGACGCCGGCAUCGUCCCUCACUCCGAGAGGAGGCCCUCCGCUUCGUACGGCGGUCGCAUCCACCGCCGUGCGGGUGCAGAUGCGGAUACGGAUGCAGAUGCUGAGGACUUCCGCGCCUGUGCAGCCGCGUGUGCUGCUUCUGUGCGACUAGACGCGUCAACUGCAGCGGGCGGCAACGGCAACGCGUCGCAGGAACGGCGCCGACAACCGUCGUCGCAACAGCCACAGCCGCAGCAUCGGCCGCUCUACAUUGCGCAUGUGGAAGAGGCAAUUUUGGUCCUCUACCGCGCAGCUGUCGUACCGGCCCCAGCGCCGUCGCGCUCCUCGCAGGUGUGCCUCCUACAGACGCUGUCAAGUCUUCACACGCAUACCGUUAGCACGCUGCGGCAGAUAGAGCGGUUUGUGCGGCAUGGCGGGGGCGGCAUCGGCUUCGCGGAUCGCACUGCCCUGGACUCGAUCGAUCUGCUGGGCACGCUCCUGCGCACCGUGCAGCAUCGCUACCGGCAGCAAGUGUGGCGGCGUCUCGUGCACGCGGUGGAAGACGUCAACCAGCAGCUGGAAGGACAGCUGUGGAGUUGGGGAGCCGUGACGCAGCAGCCGCAGAAGAUGCAACCUUCGCCAGCCAUGCCAUCGUCGUCUCAGGCGCCGCCGGUGGUGAUUGCGGGGCCGAGACGGUGGCACGCGUGCCUGGACGGCUGGCUUGAGGACGAAGACGAUGCCGAAGACGGUGAAGGCGUCAACCGCGAUGCGGCUGUCCCAGAGGACGACGAGGCCACACGGCGGCGGUCGCAGGCGAGGUCGCUCAUGGCCGGUUUUUCGUCCGUCAGAGCAGGCGAGACGGCGACCCACGAGGCACUGGUAGUCGGGAGGGAGAGUGAAGGCGACCAGCCGUCACCGGCGGAGGCCACGCGGCAGAUGCCGGCCUUCCCCAGCUACGAGGACCUGACAACAUUCAUGCCGUCCCUCCGCUCACUCUGGCGACGCGUGGAGGCGCGAGCAGCGCUAGAGCCCUCCUUGCACCUCGUCACGGAACUCUUUGUCCAGGAGUUGCGGCGGUCGUUGGACUUGGCUCCAGCACUGGGGUGGCGCGAGAGGACAUCCACAGCGCCGUGUGCUACUCCUAACCCUAGACCGGCCUCCUCAGCCGCUGUCUCCACAGAGGCCGUCACCUCACCACUGGUGGCCGUGAAGUCAGAACCGAAAGUGGUGACAGUGAAGCGCCCCUUAAGUGUAGCGUCUGACCGGAGCAGCGUGAGCUCCAACACCAUCAGCGCUCUGCCUCCACGCACGGCGCGGCCGUCUGGCACGGGCGUCGCGGAGGAUGACGAGGCAGCGGAGGCAGCGGCGCCGGAGGGUGAUGAGGCGGAGGCGGUGGCUCGCUGGUUCGCGGAGGAGCUUUACCUCAGUUCUAUGUACAUGAAGCGUGUUUUCAAGCACAUGUCUGGAUCCUGA